UCAAUAAUUUUGUAAGAAAACUACACCAUGUUUCUACUAAUUUUGUCUAACAUUUUGUCCCGUUCGGCAGCACACUGUGAGAGAUCCUACGCGAGUGGUUUCGCGCCAAAACAAAACACAGCCGUCACGAACCACGACCCAAAACAGCGAGCCGAUUUUAUCAACAUUUGUCGUGGCGUAGGCUAAUUCCCGGCUGUAAUUCGAUGUAAAUAAUAAUUUAACCCAUAAACAAAAAGUGUAACUAUAAGCUUUAACACCAAGUGAAAGGAUUCAUCUCGAUCGGUGGCAUUGCAUUCGGCCCGUAAUGUGUGAUUCUCCUGGAUCGGAGCAGCGUUCGAAGCGCAGGCGAAUCGACAAGCAUGGCCGGUUUGCGGCACUGGAACGGCUGAAGAAGGUGAAGGAGGUCGGCACCAAGAACAAGUACGAGGUGGACGAGAUCGAGAACGUGUACGAUGAGGUGGACGAGAAGGAGUACGCCAAAAUCGUCAACGAGCGCAUGCACGACGACUGGGUAGAGGAUGACGACGGUCUCGGGUACGUCGAAAAUGGGCGAGAAAUAUUCGACGAAGAUGAGCUAGAUCCACUGACGAGCGGCAGCCGUUCGGCAAGCAAAAAGGGAACCAAAAGCAAGAAGCGUGUCCGUGACGAGCCAGGCCACAGUCAGAGCGGACCGGUCACUGGGCGCAAAUCGUUGAAAAACUACUUCAACCGUGAGCAGGCACCCAAGACAAAGGUGGAGGACGAUGAUGCGCUGGCGGACAUUUUGGGUGAAAUUAAGUCGGAAAAUGGGGCCGCUGGCGAGGCGGAUGGAUCAUCUGAAAAUGGUCCAGGUUCGUCGUCGGGCAGGAAGGAAAUCCGCCCGCUGCAGAGAGCGACAAAAACGGCCCCGGUCAAACCGAAAGAACUGACGGCGGAGGAGGAGAUGAAGCGUUACAUGGCGAAUUUGAGCAAGAAUUUGAAGCGAUCCGAAAAGAAGGCCGCAGUGGUGGAGGAGGACAGUGACGAGGAGAUGCUGAAGAAUUUAAUGGCCGAAUCGGAGGGAAAGCCGGCGGGUAAGAAGCCGCCUGCCACACAAACGACGGCAACUUUGAUCAAGCAGGAGGCACCUCAACCGGCGGUGGUGGCUGCAGCAACGUCUGCCCCACCUACCAUCAAGCAGGAACCAAUGACCCAGCCAGAACCGAGAACGGAAGAGGUGAAGGAACUGGUGAAAGCGGAACCACCCAGCCAGGAACAGUUGGGCGGCAGCACGGUAGAGAGUCACUUCCUGGACGAUAUGGAUGAUGAUUUCGCUGAGAUGGCGAACGUUGGGGAGCAAGUGGAAGGUGGUCCGAAGAAGGCGGACGAUAAGAAGGCAGAACCAGCAGAACAGGAGGAAGAGAUCCCGAAGAAUCUGUUGAACGCGUGGGACAGCAUUUUCUCCGGCAUUGAGGACGGCGGUAAGAAAGGUGGCACAGAAACGGGCGAAACCGGCGUUGAAGCGAGCGGGGAAGCCGAAUGCAGUACCGAGACGAUGAAGUUUUGGUUCUGGGACGCUUGGAACGAUCCGAACAAGUGCCAGGGCGAGCUGUACCUGUUCGGGCGCAUCUCGGCGGGCAAUGGGCGCGACUUCCAGUCGAUCUGCGUGCACGUGCAGAACGUCGACCGUUGCAUGUAUCUGCUGGCGCGCGAAACCCACACCGAAACGGGCGCCCCGGUCAGCAUGCUGGACGUGUACAACGAGUUCUGCAACGAUAUCAGCACCAAGCUGAACAUCACCAAGUACCGCACGAAGGUGGUGACGAAGAGCUUCGCCUACACGAGCGCCACCAGCUCGCUGCAGGUGCCGGUCACGGCCGAGUAUCUGGAGGUGCGGUACAGUGCCAAGCUGGCGGCGCCGCCGCUCGACAAGCGCUACCGCACGAUCGCGCACAUCUUCGGCGCCAACACGAACGUGGUGGAGCAGUUUCUGCUCGAGCGGAAGGUGAAGGGCCCGUGCUGGAUGGAGCUGCGGAACACGACGCCCCGCGAAACGAAAUCGAGCUGGUGCAAGCGGGAGGUGACCGUGCCGGACAUUUCGUGCGUUACGCUGGCGACGGAUGCGGCCGCCACCGUGACGCCGCCGCCGCUCGUCUUUUGCUCGAUCAAUGUGCGCAGCACGCUGCGCAACAACGCGAACGAGAUCGUGAUGAUCACGAUGCUGGUGAACGAUCGCUUCUCGCUCGCCCAGCCGCCCCCGAACCCACCGUUCACGCGGCAGUACUGUGGCGUGACCCGGCCCACCAACACGGUCUGGCCGCUGAACUUCAAUCCGGCCGACUGCAAGGCGAAGGUGACGAAGUGCGAAAGCGAACGGACGCUGCUGAGCUGGUUCCUGUCCACGUUCCAGGUGAUCGAUCCGGACCUGGUGGUCACGUUCGACUCGGAGGACUUCCAGCUAGACCUGAUCUGCCAGCGGCUGAUGACGACGAAGAUGGCGCUGUGGAGCCGCAUCGGCCGGCUGAAGGUGAAGAGCCCGGCCAGCCGGCGGGUGGACGAUUUCUUCGUCGGGCGCAUGAUCUGCGACGUGAAGACGUCGGCGGAGGAGCUGAUCCGGUCGCGCAGCUACGAUCUGAACACGCUCUGCGCGGAGGUGCUGAAGAUUGGCGAGGGCGAGCGGAGGGACGUGCUGCUCGACGAGAUCCCGGCCAUGUACGAGCAGGCGGACAGCUUGGUCCAGCUGGUGGGACUGACGAUGCAGGACAACUUCUACACGCUGCGGUUGAUGUGCGAGCUGAAUGCGCUGCCGCUGGCGCUGCAGAUCACGCAGAUUGCGGGCAACUUGAUGAACCGUACGCUGCACGGGGGCAGGGCGGAGCGGAACGAGUUUUUGCUGCUGCACGCGUUCCACGAGAAGGAUUACAUCCUGCCAGACAAGGUCGGUUUCCAGGCCGGUGGUGGAGGAGGUGGACAGAAGAAUGGCAAGGGCGGCGGUGAGGAGGCGGUGGCGGCAGAGAAGCGUAAACCGAAGAAUAAGGCCGCAUACGCCGGCGGAUUGGUGCUGGACCCGAUCAAGGGCUUCUACGACAAGUUUGUGCUGCUGAUGGACUUUAACUCGCUGUACCCGAGCAUCAUCCAGGAGUACAACAUCUGCUUCACGACCGUGCUGCCACCGGCGGUGGGCGAGGGCCAGGAGGGCCCGGACCCGGACGGGGACACUGCACUGCUCGAGCCGACGAUUCUGGCGACGAACGAGAUCGGCAUCCUGCCGCGGCAGAUCCGCAAGCUGGUCGAGAGCCGCCGGGCCGUGAAGCAGCUGAUGAAGGCGUCCGACCUGUCGCCCGAGCUGGCCAUGCAGUACAACAUACGGCAGAUGGCGCUGAAGCUGACGGCCAACUCGCUGUACGGGUGUCUCGGGUACACCCGGUCGCGGUUCUACGCCCAGCAUCUGGCCUCGCUGAUCACGCUGAAGGGGCGCGAGAUCCUGAUGAACACCAAGUCGAUCGUGGAGCGCAUGAACUACCAGGUGAUCUACGGCGACACGGACAGCAUCAUGGUGAGCACGAACAUUACCGACUACGAGCAGGUGUACCGGAUCGGGGCGAGCAUCAAGCAGCACGUGAACAAGGCGUACCGCUGCCUGGAGCUGGACGUGGACGGCAUCUACAAGUAUCUGCUGCUGCUGAAGAAGAAAAAGUACGCCGCCGUCUCGAUCAGCAAGAAGGCGGACGGUGCGUUCGUGUGCACGCAGGAGCUCAAGGGGCUGGACAUAGUGCGGCGCGACUGGUCGCGCAUUGCCGUGCUGGCGGGCAACAUGAUCCUCGCCCAGAUCCUGUCCGACGCACCGAUGGACGAGCGGAUCGAGAACAUCCAUCUGCGGCUGGAAAAGCUGAAGGACGACCUGGUCGCGGGCACGCUGUCGCUGCAGCUGCUCGAAAUCACCAAACAGCUGACGCGAUCGCUGAACGAGUACGGCGAUGCCGGCCAGCUGCCGCACGUGCAGGUUGCGCAGCGCAUGAACAAGCAGCGCAACCGGAACUACAAGCGGGGCGACAUGGUGAACUACAUCAUCUGCCAGGACGGGACGUCCGCGGCGGCGAUGAAGCGGGCGUACCACAUCGACGAGAUACGUGACCCGGCCAAUGCGGACCUGCUGAAGGUGGACGUGGAGUACUAUCUGGCGCAGCAGAUCCAUCCGGUCGUGUUCCGCAUCUGCGAGCCACUGGACGGUACGGACGCGUGCCGGUUGGCCCUUUGCCUGGGGCUCGAUCCGAAGAAGUACCGCACGAUGGUGAGCGGCGGCGGUGGCGGCGGUGGACCCGAUGGGGGCCAGUAUCAGGACGGGGAGAGCCUGAUCAAGACGGCGGCGGAGCGGUACCGGCUGUGCCAUCGGUUCGAGUUUACGUGCGUGGCUUGCAAGGGGAAAAAUCCGGUCGCCAGUGGUUUCCGCCCGUCGGCCGGUGGACGCCACCGGUCGGUGUUUGAGCGGUGCGCCAACGAGGAGGGCGGUGCCGUCUGUACGGCUGCGCCGGUCCAGUACCUGCCGGCGAUUGUGAACGAGCUGACGCUGGCGGUACGGGCCGACAUACGGCGGUUCUACCAGCGCUGGAUGGUGUGCGACAAUCCGAUCUGCAACGCGAACACGCGCAUGUACUCGCACGUGGCGGCCAAAAACAACCCGUACUGUCUGCUGUGCCGCAAGGGUUUGCUCGUGCUGCAGUACUCCGAGACGGAUCUGUACAACCAGCUGUGCUACUAUCUCUACAUGUUCGAUCUGGAGCAGUACAGCCCGAAACUAACGAAAGCCCUCCCGCCGGACAUUCGCAACAUGUACAACCGGCUGAAGGAAACCGUUGAGCGGUUCCAGCAGCGGUCCAAGUAUGGUGUCGUCAAUCUGUCCAACUUCUACAUGGAGUAUGCCAUCCCCGCGCCGAAGCAGCCGGAAAAGCUGGGCGAACCAGUGAAGUAUCUGUAUCCGGCGCGGGACGUUGCCGCCAAGCUGGCGAAACGGUUGGAUGCGGCGGAUGUUGCAGCCGCCGGCGAUACCGUCAAGAGUGAACCGAUGGACCGGAAAACGUCACUGUUGCACGAGAAGCUGAUACAAUGGAAACUUUAUCUAAGCUAAUGUAAUGCUGGUGUUGUGGGUGGGUGUGUGUGCUGUGCGGCCUGUCCGGAUGAGCGAUGUAAUAUUUGUAGCUGCUGGUAGUAUCACAAGGCUAUUUUCAAAUAAAUUUCACUAUCUAUUUAAGAACACUGUUGGCGCCGAUGGCGAUGGUGUAGUACAAUAACGAUUUAGUUAAUAAAAAUCAAUUCGCUGUUCUAUAACA